CACUUAGAUAGCGACUAGUUAGCGACCGGAGCGGCCACGUAGAGCUCGAGAAAAGAAUGAAUCUUUCGGCACGACUUCUGUUCAUCGCAGUGAUCGCGGCAAGCGUGAUUCUGAGAGAGAUUCGGGCACGUGAGGCGAUUACUCCCAGUCCAGAAGUAGGCCAGAUCAUUAAAGAUCUCGAUGGACUGCAUAUAGACGGCACUGGGACGGCGUGGAGGCAAGGAGCGUCCUGCAAAGUGGAUGUGCAAAGGGAUCUGCCCCCACCGAGAUUAUUUCAGCCGCUUUACCUUCAACCAAAUACGAGUUUGUACUGGCUGCCCAAUGCGAAUGGCCAAUUGGAGAUACCUAGUGGGCAUCCCAUCGAGCUCUACUGCAGAGGAAACUUUUCGGAAAUCGCUGAAUACAGUGAAUCCAUACAGCCAAAGUGUCUGCAGGGCACGACGUUCGAGUUGAAUGGAUCGAAGCUGGAGUUUCGCAAGUUCACCUGCUCCCAGUCGAUGACAUACACGGUGGAGAAGUUAGAAAGCAGUUGCGGAUCCUCGCCCAGCCCAGCCGAUCAGUCGCAUUUGUAUCGCGUGGGCUACGACAUCGGGCGUGGCCGAUUCGUGGAGACCAUGAAACUGUGCCACAACCCACAAACAGUGCGCACACACUACGCCGUCCAUCAGCUGACCCCCGCCAGCCAGCACUUCCAGCAGAAGGUGAAGAGGCCCAAGUUCACAACUGCCGGACACUUCGAGGGCUAUGACAUGAAUAAUAUUUACUCGUUCAAAAAUCAGCAAAGCCUCCUGGGAGGUCUUGUGAACGAGAAGGAAAACCAGUUCCUUUCCCGCGGUCAUCUGGUGGCCAAGGCGGAUCUCAUCUAUGCCAGUCAGCAACGCAGCAGCUUCAACUACAUGAACACGGCGCCUCAGUGGCAGCUCUUUAAUGCUGGGUCAUGGCAAAAUCUGGAGGAGGCCACACGCCGCUUUGUGGCCAAUGCAGGCAUCGAGGUCGAAGUCUACACGGGCACCUAUGGCCAGAUGCCAUUCCCUAAUGCCAGUGCCGUUGUCCACCUGGCUACAGAUACCAACAAGAGGCAAGUGUUGCAAGUGCCCCGUCUUUUCUAUCGGGUACUCAUUGACAAAGUCAACCGCAGACGCGGAAUCGCACUGGUGGGCGUCAACAGUCCAAAUGCAAUCCUCAGCGAAAUCAAAGAUCCCAAUGUCAUCUGUGAUCCCAUAGAUCCCAUAGAGGAGAAGGUUCCCUGGCUUGACUGGGUGGCCAAGGCCAACAAGAAAAGAAGGCUGUUGAUGCAGGGAGGAUAUCUCUAUGUCUGUUCUGUCUCCGACCUGGCUGGUGCUGUCAAAGAGUUGCCCAACCACCUGGGUGAUGUCAGCGAACUGCUCAAAUAGUCCAUAGGUUUGCCUCUGGAUCUAUGUAAAAUAAGUGAGGGCAUAUAAUAAGUGAGUGGUUUACCGUGAAUUUUAAAGUUGUUGUAACACGACUUCAUAUUCAGAGAUCUAUCAUAUAUGUACAUAUAAUUCAGGCAUUCGCUUCGUAUUUAAAAAAAAAGCUUAUUCAGCAUACUUAAUAUUUUUCGCUGUUCAGAAAUAAAAGGAAAUGUUCC